CAGUUUGGUUCUCUGCAGGAGGAGGAAGCCGCCGCUCUCUUCAGGCAGGUUCUGCCUCUUCAUCGCUCUUCUUCCUGUCUGUGAAGUCAUGGCCACGUCCCUCAUCCGCCGCCAGCUCGCCGUGCCGCUGCAGAGGACCCUGUGCCUCCGAGCUCCAGGAUGCAGAUUUGUGAGCAAGACUGCAGCCAAAACACACGUGGAGUUUGACUACGAUGGACCGUCCAUGAAGACCAGCGUCCCCGGACCGCGCUCCCAGGAGCUGCUGAAACAGCUCGGAGAGAUUCAGAACGUGGGCGCCGUCAAUUUCUUCUGCAACUACGAUGACAGCAGGGGAAACUACCUGGUGGACGUGGACGGCAACCGCAUGCUGGACCUCUACACCCAGAUCUCCUCCAUCCCCAUUGGCUACAACCAUCCUGCUCUCCUCAAGCUCAUGGCCAACCCCAACAAUCUGAGUACGUUUGUGAAUCGCCCCGCCCUGGGAAUCCUGCCCCCCGAGAACUUCCCGGACAAAGUGACGGAGAGCCUUCUCUCUGUGGCCCCCAGUGGGAUGAGCCGAGUCCAGACGAUGUCCUGCGGGUCGUGCUCCAAUGAGAACGCCUUCAAGUCCAUUUUCAUCUGGUACCGGAACAAGGAGCGCGGCCUGAGUGGACCCACGGCUGAAGACCUGAGCUCCUGCAUGCUGAACCAGGCUCCAGGAUGCCCCGAUCUCAGUAUUUUGUCUUUCACGGGAGCUUUCCACGGAAGAACGAUGGGUUGCCUGGCAACGACGCAUUCCAAAGCCAUUCACAAGCUGGAUGUGCCGUCCCUGGACUGGCCCAUCGCCCCGUUUCCGAGGCUGCAGUAUCCUCUGGAGGAGUUCAGCAGGGAGAACGAGCAGGAGGAGGCCCGCUGCCUGGAGGAGGUGGAGGACCUGAUCGUGAAGUGGAGGCAGAAGGGAAAACCUGUUGCAGGCAUCGUGAUCGAGCCCAUCCAGUCUGAGGGCGGAGACAACCACGCCACCGCAGACUUCUUCAGGAAACUCCGCAUCAUCGCUCAAAAGCAUGGCUGUGGCUUCCUGGUGGAUGAGGUCCAGACCGGUGGAGGAGGCACAGGAAAGUUCUGGGCCCAUGAGCACUGGGGCAUGGACGACCCCGCUGACAUCGUCUCCUUCAGCAAGAAGCUCAUGACGGGGGGGUACUUCCACAAGGACGAGCUGCAGGCUGAUAAGCCGUACCGCAUCUUCAACACAUGGAUGGGGGACCCGUCCAAGAACCUGUUCCUGGCUGAAGUCCUGAACGUGAUCCGCAGAGAGAACCUCCUGGAGGAGGUGGCCCGCUCCGGGAAAGCGCUGAUGAACGGCCUGUAUGAGCUGCAGGCUCAGUACCCGGGCCUGCUGAGCCGGGCUCGAGGGCAGGGGACCUUCUGCGCCAUCGAUGUUCGUGACGCUGAGACCCGUGAGAGGAUCACGCUGCAGACCAGAGACAAAGGGGUCAUCCUCGGAGGAUGUGGAGAGAAAUCCAUCCGUUUCCGUCCGGCGCUGAUCUUCAAGGAGUACCACGUCCACCUCUUCCUCAACAUCUUCAACGACGUGCUGGCCCAGCACAAAUAGGUCCUGGGGGCUCAUCUUUACCCAAACCCAGAGUCGGUCCAGAGCGCAGUGGGGGGGGUCAUAAUAAGUUGGACACACAGAUCCACAAAUGUCACUAAAUUGAGGCUCAAAGCAGGUCAAUGAUGACGAUCACCUGAGCAGGUGUGACGCAUCGGAGACGCCUCUGCUCUGCAAACACAUCUAUAUGUUUUAGUUCUCUGGGCUUUUCUGUGAUGACCCCGGUAGAUGAAGAGACGGCGAGCAGCUCAGACACGCCCCCCUCCUGUAAAUCCAUGCUCUCAUAGCGUUUUCUUAUGGUUGGUUUGCUGUUUCAUUCAGCUGUCAAUCAACGUCUGUCUCUUGUCAGUUCUCUGGUUCCGUAUUUCCAGAUGUUGUGAUGUUGUCUGGACCUGAUGGAGCAGAGUCAUCAGCACAGCCCCCCCCCCAAAAACCUCCAUCGUGAAAAAAUGGUUCCAAAAACGACAGACCGCAACGCCUGUGACGGUAGAUUUUGACAUCCCCACCCCACAGCGUCCCCCCUCUGCUCUGCCGAUGCCGUUUCUACACAAACGGCACUCAGGGAUGACGAGACUCACCAGGAGCCACCGUGCAGCAUGUCGGCUCCAGCCGCGGCAAGAGCCGGCAUGCUGCCAUGGCGAUUGGUGCAGAGCCCCCCCCCCCCCCCCCCCCCCCCCCCCGCAGAAUCGAUGGGGGAGGUCGAUUCAAAGUCUGUAAGGUCACGGAUGAUUCUGUGCCUCCAUCUUACUCUGUCUGUAAGCUGAAGUCAAAGCUCUCAUCCGACCCGUUUCCGAGCCCGUUCCCAGCAGAAUCCACGGCUGAGUUCUGAUCAACACCAACACGAAUGUUUUACCGUCCUAUGCCGCACAAACAAAGGAGGUCACGACCUCCACGUCCCAAAGGUCAGCCUUCCAAAAGGGUCGGACAGCAUACAAUCAUAUAACGGUGUCCUUCCGUGAUUGUUUUGGCCCGCUGUUGCCUGCAGCGCCCCCCGAAGGCCGAGCUAGCAUGUUCAUCGUGUGCCUGCAUGAAUUCUGGCUCCUCUGCCCUCCCCCCGCCCCACAAACGUGCAUGCUGACUGAAGACGUGUGAGGGCUCAGCAUCACAUGACCAGCAGCCAGCCAAUCAGGCGGGCUGCUCCCCCCACAUGCUUCCUGAUGUUGAAUGGAUCCGUUUUCUCCAUCCACAUGACGGUAAACUUACGGCGAGGAUCCGGAGCAGCCAGCUUCCCAAACCCGAAUCGGAGCAGGACAGGGAAUCACUUACAGCGGAGCUCCACUAGGAGGCGCUGUGAGCUGGAAACCAGCCUGCAGAGUGGAGAAUGUGAUCAGCUUCAUGAAUAGUCUUAACCAAAUUCAUGUCAUUCGUGUUAUAAUCACAUAAACUAUAUGUAUAAAUAUUCUAACAUAUUUUUUACGCAUUAAUGACAUGACUUCAUGUUCAGUCUGGAACAGAUGCCAGAGUCGGUCCUAAAGCAGAGACGGCAGUGCCUGCCUCUGGGGGGGGGGUCAGUCAGUGUUAUCUGAAGUAUCUCUAACAUCCUUAAACGACUUGCACUUGUAAUCUCAGAUAGAUGAUUAUUGAUGUAAUUAUUGUAGAUUGCUCUUACUGUGAUUCUGUUCAUGUUUGUGAGAAAUAAAGUUUUUGGUAAUGCAGG